UUCCAGGUUUUCCUCAUCAGAAUUUGGAAAGAGGAGCGACAUUGUAACAAGAAAGGAAAGUUUUCCCCAUUUCAAUCUUUUUUUUUAUCGUUUAUAAUACCCUCUUGUUUCGUUCUUUUCCCUAAAAAAGAAGAAGAAAACAACCUAUUCAUGUCAGAAAAUACAAAUCCUGAAAGAUCCAGCAGAGAUGGACCUCGAACCACUCAUGCCGAAUAUGAUUUGCGUGCACGUGUCGAAGAAGUGAUGAAGGGAUUUCAUGGUACCAACGCCAUCGCCUAUAAAAACAAGAACGAAUAUGUGACUUAUUCAAGACCUGCAGACAGUUUAAGGAUAAAUCUUGACGACGAAUUUAUACCGGAUCCGAAAGAUUAUUGGCCUGUCUUAAACAAUAUGCGUAGGGCUUUGCCUGUCUUACGCAUGCAAAGAAGACCUGACCGUGCCGAUGAUCCUAAAUGGAAAGUACCCCAUAUCGAUAAACCUAUAGUGUCUGCACCACCCGAAUAUCCACAAUCUAAAGGCCUCAAAUUACGACCGAUUGAUGAGAUUAUUAAAGACAAGGAACUGUUAAAUAGUUUAGCUGCUCCAUUAGCAGAUAACAAAAAAACAAGUUAUCAAUCCCACGCCUAUGUAACAAACACAAGGACAUUCGAGAUACCUUCCUCUACUGUUCAAGGUGUAUUAAAUAACAUUUCAGAGUCAUCAAGAAAAAGUUCUUAUAAACCACUUCCGGCUCCACCUGUUAAAAGCAGAUCAAAACCAUUGCCGAUGACUGCUACGAAUCGACCACGUAAAUCAUCUCUGUUAAAGUCCGAAAUUACCACAGCUACGCCACCACCACCACAACCACCAACAUGGGCACAGCAGCAAAAAUUACCACAACCACAACCAUCUGCUCCAGCACAAAUAGGAUCAAAGAAACCAAUGUCUUCGCUGGCAAAUAAUCCAUCACGUCCACGAGUUUCUUCAAAGUCCACAUCAUCCCAAAAAAACAAAUACACUCAGGAUAUUCCGGAUUUAAUUGAAGCCCGCAGUUACUUGCUGGGAGAGACAGAUGAAGUAGAAUUCAGAAAAUUAGGCCAUCUCUCAGAAACACACCCCAACACGCAGACUAUGAAGAGACCUGCCUUAUUUAUUCACUUUAAACAUCCUUUACCUGCUUUAUCAAAAGCUGCUACGAGAGGAUCAAUACCCGCCGGUAAAACCAUCAAAAAGUCUGAAUCAACUGUAAAUAAGAGACAUAAUGUACCAGAAAAAACCCACUCCCCUAUCAAAAUUAAACUUGCAGAUAUACCGACUAAUACCAUCACACCUACACCCAUUAAAAAAUCGCUGAGCGAUCGCACCAAGGUAUCGUCAGUCAAGACCGAAAAACACACACCAUUGGAGAAACCAGUUUAUCCAAGCUCCAUUUCCGCCGCUUAUUUAAGCACCACUAAAAUUCCAAAGAGAAAGACACGUGAGAUUGAACUCGAGGAAGGUGAGACCAUCAGUCCAUCACCAUCCCCUCUCCACUCAACAUCCACUCACGUACCUUCUCUUCCGCCGCCACCACCACCACCUACAUCAGCUCCUCUGGCUCGAGUAGAAUCUUCCAGUCGUAGAUCUCGACAUGAUGAUCCUGACGACUUGCCCUCUUCUCUUACAGAAUCCAAUAGUAGUAGUAGCAGAAAACACUCGAGUAGACGAGAUGACGAAAGAUCCUCCUCCAGACGUAGUGAUAGAUACAAUGAUGACAUUCGUCGAGGAAGUACCAGUACGACAGCGUCAAAGAGAUCCUCACAUUACAGAUCAAGGUCAAGAUCUAGAUCUAGAUCCAGAUCACCAAAGCGUUCAGGCAGUAGUCGAAGACAGCUCAGCUCAGAGACCUCGCGUCGUAGCGAGAAACGUAAAUCAUCUGAUUCAAAAUAUGACGCCGAAACUACAGGGAAACGUCAACGAUUUGAUAAAGAAUCAAGUAGUAGUAGCAGAGUUGAUAAAGAUCAUUCGAUUAGAUCAGAUAAGGAUCAUUCCAGUAGCAGACUUGAGAAGGAGUAUUCUAGUAGUAGCAGAUCUGAAAAAGAGUAUUCUAGCAGCAGUAGAGCCGAAAAGGAGAGAGAUCGCGCAGCUGAGAAAGAACGAUUGGCUGAAAGAGAAAAGGAAAAGGAACGAGUAGCAGCUGAGAGAGCGGCAGAGAGGGCCGCAGAGAGGGCAACAGAAAGGGCUGCGGAGAAGGAACGUUUGGCAGCAGAGAAGGCAGCAGAAAGAUUGGCUGAGAAAGAACGAGUAGCUGCCGAGAAAGAAAAGGAACGAUUGGCUGAAAAAGGUCGAUUAUUGGCUGAAAAGGCAAGAAUUGCCGAAAAGGAACGUACUGAAAAGGGAGCCAAGUACAGCACUUCUUCGUCAUCCUUGUCCAGCAAGAAACACUCACCAGCAUCGACCAGUCAUGAAAAGACAGUGUCCGCUACAGCACCGAAUGCAGAGACACCUGAACAAUUCAAACUGUUUAGUGUUAUGUUCAAUAAAUUAGCACACGCUUAUAAACGACGAGGUGAUGGACAAAAAGAUCCACUGCAUAUGAUCAUCGAUCACUUUCACGCUUUCUGUGAUUAUAUCCUGAACUUCUAUUAUGUCGAUCAGAUGAAUGUAAAUGCCAAUUUUAAACAAGCAUCGAUGGUCUGGAAAAGCAUAUUCCCAUUCACAGAUAUCCUCUUGAAGAAGCUUGAAUCUCGUCAAGAAUUUGAACUUUACGGACUUUGUGUUAAACUCAACGCGCUUAUCCGAUACUAUAUUUACAACCGUAUGGAAGCAACGACGCGACCAAUGCUGUUACAGCAAAUGAAUAACACAAAGGGUGAUGACCGCUCGUGUUUUGAAUUAACCCAAAACCUUCUGCUUGAAUAUGAAAAGGCGGAUCGUACCUAUCGAGAAUCUGAACGCCACAUGAGCUUUAACACUCUGGUGACCAAGUUCCCAGAGACCUUUAAAAACGUAUGCGCACAAGGUAAUCUUUCGGCAGGUAUCACCUUGGGCGGAGAAGCAGGUGUUACUGUCAACCCUAUGUACCCUCUCACCCCGUACUCACCUCUCCAUCAUACUGCCAUUGUGGCCAAGUGUAUCUUGGCUGAGUACGUGGCUAAAAAUAACCUCAAGUACUCACCCAUCUCAAAUCCUGAGGAGUUCAUGUAAAUUCUUCUGGAUUUUAAGUAAUUAAUUAAAAAAAAAAAUAGUGUAUAUAUAAUUCCAUGCAAAAAAAGUGUUCGUACAUUCAUUGUUAACUUGAGAGAGGGAUUUUUUCUCAAUGAUAAAUGGCUAUGGGUAACACUUUAAACAGUAUAAGAGUGUAAUUUUCAUCUAUCAUGAAUAAAUUAGUUUUAUGUACACCACGCCAUACUUUAUCUUUAC